AUGUUAGGAUCGGACUUGGGGACUUGCAGGUCGGAUUCGGGGUACGAGUCAAUGGAAAGUGUCAAGAAGUUCAGAUCUCCCAACCUUAUCAUCACCCCGUGUUCAUCGACCCUUUUCCGUUUACCUCUCCCAGGCUUACAAUCGGAAUUGUUAGAUGCAUGUGCUUUCCUCAAAAUAGUACAUUCUAUGCCAAGCCAACCUCACCGAUGCAAUCUUCCUCCACCCGAUGGUUGCACCCUACGUCGCACGCAGCUGCCUGGCUCCUGGUACCGUCUCUUCGUACAUCCGCCGGCGUUGUCAGUAAUUGAUGAUGGUGUCGCGUUAAUUGGAGGCGCGAGGUGA